GUUCUCGCCCGCUGGCUCGCAGCUCCUGCCGUCGCCUCCGCUGCUUCCUCCCGCCGCGCUGACCGAGGGGACCAGUUAGCAGCUGCCUGCCCGCCAGCCCGCCAGCCCGCCCGCGUGCCGGGGCUGCGGUGGGCCAGGAUGUCGGGCUUCCUGGAGGAGCUGCUGGGAGAGAAGCUAGUGACGGGCAGCGGCGAAGAAGUGGACGUGCACUCGUUGGGCGCCCGCGGCAUCUCGCUGCUUGGGCUCUACUUCGGCUGCAGCCUGAGCGCCCCCUGCGCGCAGCUCAGCGCCAGCCUGGCCGCCUUCUACAGCCGCCUGCGGGGGGACACGGCGGCCGGGGCCGGGCCGGGGCCGGGGGCCGGGGCAGCCGCGGAACCCGAGCCGCGGCGGCGCCUGGAAAUCGUCUUCGUGUCCUCGGACCAGGACCAGAGGCAGUGGCAGGACUUCGUGCGGGACAUGCCGUGGUUGGCGCUGCCCUACAAGGAGAAGCACAGGAAGCUUAAACUUUGGAACAAAUACCGGAUUUCCAACAUUCCAUCACUAAUAUUCCUAGAUGCUACCACUGGCAAGGUUGUGUGCAGGAAUGGGCUCCUGGUGAUCCGCGAUGACCCGGAAGGUCUGGAGUUCCCCUGGGGACCUAAGCCCUUCAGGGAAGUCAUCGCAGGGCCCUUGCUUAGAAAUAACGGGCAGUCGCUGGACAGCAGCAGCCUGGAGGGGUCUCACGUGGGAGUCUAUUUCUCCGCACACUGGUGUCCACCCUGCCGAAGUCUCACCCGGGUGCUGGUUGAAUCCUACCGGAAGAUCAAGGAGGCAGGCCAGAAAUUUGAGAUCAUCUUUGUUAGUGCAGACAGGUCAGAGGAGUCCUUCAAACAGUACUUCAGUGAGAUGCCCUGGCUUGCUGUCCCCUACACUGAUGAGGCCCGACGGUCACGCCUCAACCGGCUGUAUGGAAUCCAAGGCAUCCCCACGCUCAUCGUGCUGGACCCACAGGGGGAGGUAAUCACGCGGCAGGGCCGGGUGGAGGUGCUGAACGACGAGGACUGCAGGGAGUUCCCCUGGCACCCCAAGCCUGUGCUGGAGCUCUCCGACUCCAACGCCGUGCAGCUCAAUGAGGGGCCCUGCCUCGUCCUGUUUGUAGAUUCCGAGGAUGAUGGAGAGUCUGAGGCAGCCAAACAGCUGAUCCAGCCAAUAGCUGAGAAAAUCAUUGCCAAGUACAAAGCCAAAGAGGAAGAGGCACCGCUUCUGUUCUUUGUGGCCGGGGAGGAUGACAUGACAGACUCCCUGCGAGAUUACACCAACCUGCCGGAGGCUGCCCCUCUGCUCACCAUUCUGGACAUGUCUGCCCGGGCCAAGUACGUGAUGGACGUGGAGGAGAUCACCCCUGCCAUUGUGGAGGCCUUUGUGAAUGACUUCCUAGCAGAAAAGCUCAAACCAGAGCCCAUUUAGUGGAGCUCCGGCCUCCUGAGCCAUUAAAGACUCAGUCUCCUUCUCCUCCUCCCCUUUUCCCCUCUGCCCUUGGACUUUACCACCACGUACUGAAUCACACAGCCCAGAGUCCAGCCUCUCUGUGGUGCCUUGUUUCUCCGUUAACUCCUCAGCCAGCACCCAAAGGUGCACACCCUCACAGCGGCAGAACCUACCAUGUUGGGCGACUGCUUGGGGUGUGUGGGGUGAUGUAACUCAGCUAACACGAGGACUGCAGCACUCUCUCCAGGUCACUAGCUCUCAGUUAAGGCCCUUUGGGGUGAGGGAUAGCAGGGUGGGGCUGUGACUCUGGGUCAGUGCAUAAAAACAGCACCCAAGACAACUGGGCGGAAACUGUCCGGUGGCACACGGCAUGCAGGUGGAGCAGGGCAGGCACAGCUGAGAGCUGCCGAUGCCAGCAUCUUUUUUGGGUGGACCUAGUCUUUUAUGGUCCUCAGGAAAAACAGCAGCUUGUCAGUGGGUUCUUGGGCAGCAGACCUCCAAAUCUAAAAGGAAGCUUAUGGGUUUCGGGGUGAGGAAAAUGGGUAGCUAAGGUAAUGAUUCAUGUAGUAAUUGCUUACUUUUAUUGAGCGCCUACCAUGUGACUAGAGUUUCUCACUUCUGCCUUUUGCCUCUUCUUUGCUCUUAACUUUCUCCUACUUUCCGCCUGCUGCUGCAAACAGCUCCUGCUGUCUUGGAAUUUUAGUAAUGAAUUCUUUUUCUUGGGCAUCUUCCCAAGACACUGGGCCCUGAGUUCUUAGAGGAGCUCUGCCAAGCUGGCACAGACCUGCCUCUGCCCAGCUCUGUGCCUAAGGCUGCUGGACCUCUGCCAAGGCACCUGCAUCCCCCCGCCGUUACCCUUGUCAUUACCUUUUCUUUUCAAAGCAACACUAAGAAGCGACAGGAAUUUACCCGAAGCGAAACUUUUCCUUAAAAGGAAGCUGCAGAGAGAGCUGUGCCCUAAGGCAGGCACGGGGACAGAGGGCAGGGCAACUACGAGACUGCCCUGGUAGCCUGGCCUCUUACUUGAGUUGAACAAACCACAAAAAGGGAAAUAACUAUGUCCUUACAGUUUGGGGUGGAGGGCCUAGGCCUAGGGACUCACAAGGGCUUUCGCCUGUCUCAGGCAGGUGUCAGGGUCUUCAGACAAUCCUGGGCCUUCCUCACAGCUUCACUCAGCACUGUGCCAACCAAAACCAUUCAUUUGGGAAACGCAGCUUCCCCAUGAGCUGUUGACACUGUUGUUCCUUACUGAAAUAUUGUUGGUUUGUAGUUCAGAGGUACAAAUUUAGUUGGUAAUUAAACUGUUUGAUGUUGCCAGCCUGAAAUGCAAUCACCUAGUAAGAAAUAAAGCAGGCAUCUCUGGACAUUCUCAUCCA